UUAUGUAAUAAAUGAUUUUAUGCUGACAACUGUACAUAUUUUAUUUUGUAACCUGUGGGGAGCCUCUAUUAUUUAACCAAAGCUAAUGCCCGUAUGUUACCUCUUAACAAUACUGGAUUUUGAUUGGCUGAGAGAUAGCGUCCUUUAUUUAUGUAACUUUAGCCUGAUAGAAGCGCAACAUCACAAAGAAAUUUUUUAACGAAAUUUUUGUUUUAGCCGUUUUAUUACGGUGUUAGAGUUGCUGCAUUGUUUGAGGAAGUUGCAGUUUUAUGUUAUGUGAGUGAAUCGGGACUUCUUCAGGUAAAAAAAAAUGACUUAAAUUGUUUUGUUUUGUUUCACGCACUGCUGAGUGUGACCGCCAUACUGAACUUUGUUUACAAACAUGGCUAAAGUUUUAGUUGUUGGCCACAGUUUUAUACGUCGACUUGAACGCUCAUUAGGGCAGAUUGAAGGAUGUUUCAAUAAUUUAGGACUAGACUUAUCUUUGUGUACCGUGUAUUUUUAUGGAAUUAGCGGUGGAAGAUUAGAUUCACUGGAAGUUGAUUCUGUGUUUAUCGAAAAACUACGGACAUACGGACCGGACAUUAUUGUGAUUCAAUUAGGUGGGAACGAUAUGUCUAUGACGGCAGUUAGACCAGAAGUCUUUGCAUGCAGGCUUAUAGAAUGGGUUUCAUCGUUGACAUCGAGAUUCUGCUUUAUUAAGAAUAUUGUUGUCUGUGAACUUUUUAUCCGGGCUAAACCAAGACAAGUCAGCGUAGAAAUGUAUGAAUCUAAGCGUCGUAUUGUGAAUCAGAUGUUAAAGGAUAUGUUAGAGGAUUAUCCUAAUCUCACGUUCUGGCGUCACUUGAGGCUGAUGCAAAGUCCUUUAGCCAUUCUCUGUGGAGAUGGUGUUCACCUUUCUGUGAUAGGAACUAAGAAGUUCUAUAGGAGUCUUAGACUAGCUGUUCUUCAUGCCAUACGAUCUUAAUUAUGGGUCCAAAGAAGAGGCAAGAAGGGACGGAGCCUCCAGCGAAAAGGAGAAGAGUAACUGUGCAAAGAAAAACAAACACUGACAGUGCAAGUGACACUAGUAAUAGUGAUAUCAUUAAUUCUAUUACGAAAAAUGUAACAGAAAACAUACUGGCUGAGCUACAGAAGGUCGGGGUCCUAACAAACCAACACUUGCAGGCAGAAGUAGCGGACAAUCCACCUCCAACAGUUGAUAAGAAUUCUGGUGGUUCAACUCAUCAAAUUGAGCAGAUCCAAGCUUCAGCCAUCACGGACAUGGGGAAGCAGCUUCCAGCUGGACAGGGUAAUACAUGUAAUAACAAUCAUUCUGAGUACAGACCCUUAGGAAGACCGUUACAUACAUACGCUACAGCAAAGCUCAAAGAAAAGAUUUUGUCAGCGGAAUUUGUGCAAAUGAGUGACAUUUUGGAUCCCCCUACAGAAUUGGAGUUUGUAGACUUUCAUUUGUCAAUCAAAGAUAAAGGGAAGGUUGGGCUUGCUUCUAACAAGAAGAAAAAAUAUAUCAGCAUUGAAGAGUGGACUGAUGCUUUUAGCAUUUUUAGUUCGGUAUUAAGACAUAGCAACCCAAAUGAUCAGGACCUCACAGAGGCCUUAGCUAUUUACAUGCAUUUGAUAAGAUCUAUUCAGAAAGAUGGGGGGGACUGGUUCCAUUAUGAUGUUACCUUUAGGAAGGCCAGGCAAGGGGACCCCACAAUAUCUUGGAGGCAUGUAGAUCAAGUUUUGUACAGCCGGGCCCUCAUGAAGAAACUGGGGGGUCAAAUUGUUCAAGGGCAAAAUACUAAGAACCAGCUUUUUCGUCCCCAUUGUUUUCGAUACAAUGAAGGGAAAUCAUGCAACAGUCAAUGUAAAUACCCCCACAUUUGC